AUGGGUGAGAAAGUAGGUGCAAGUGACUUUUUUGAAGAAGACAUGGGUGACAAUGAAGAUGUUUAUCCCGAAUUGCCAAAUAUUUUCAAUGAUAAGCUCAAUUGGAAGGAGCAGGAACCUGUUUUAGGUAUGAGGUUUGAGAGUCCUAAGCAAUUGAAACACGUGCUUUGUAACUAUGCUGUCGCGAAUGGUUAUCAAUUAUGUUUUGUUAAGAAUGAUACUAGACGAUUACUUCUCAAAUGCUGUGGUGGCAAAUGUACUUUUAGGCUUUGGGGUUCUUGGAUGAGUGAAGAUAAGUCUUUCCAGAUAAAAUCUCUUAUCAGUGAGCAUAAUUGUGCAAAGAAUUUCAAAUUCGGAUCAAUUGUGACUUACAAAUGGAUAGGGACCCACUUUAAGCACCAAUUUUACAACAAUCAAAAGAUGAGCGUCCGAAUGCUUAGAGAGGAGGUAAAAACAGAUUUUGGGAUUAACGUGAGUAUGAGUCAGUGUAGGAGAGCCAAGAAGUAUGCAUUGAGUCUAGUUGAAGGGACAAUAGCUGAGAAUUAUGCAAGAUUAUGGUCAUAUGGCGAGGAGAUUAGAAGAUCAAAUCCUGGAUCCACAGUUAAAAUUUGUGUUGAUUCAAUGCCUGAUGGUAAGAAUUAUUUCAGCAAAAUAUACAUAUGUUUUGCUUCAGUAAAAGAGGGAUGGAGGGGAGGAUGUAGGAGGAUCAUUAACCUGGAUGGUUGUUUUCUGAAAACUUUUUGUCAAGGGGAGUUGGUUUAUGCUAUGGCUAGAGAUGCUAACAAUGGAAUAUUCCCAAUUGCUUGGGCAGUUGUUUCUGUGGAAAACAAAGAGAAUUGGAAAUGA